UACGUUUACAAAAGUGAUGAAAAUGAUGAGUGUACUUUUUCUCGCUCUGAGCGCAAAAACAAAAACUUUAUUAGCUCUCAUCCCAAUGAAAUGAAUAGUUCAUUAUCUCAUUUCAUUCCACUUCAUUAGUGAUCGUAUUGUGUACCGCAAGAUUGACAUUGUUUCGGCUUAUUAUGUAAUAUUCUGUUUAUCCGUACAGUUCUUAGUUUUCAGUUUUAUUUUUGGGAAUUUAUUCCGACAAUAUUGCGUUUCAUUCAGGGAAAUGGCCACGUUAGCAAAGCCUCGAUCUGAAAUGACUCAGGAAGAGUUAGCAGCUAAAGAACAGGAGGAAUUCAACGUUGGUCCACUUUCUGUGCUUACGCAGUCAGUAAAGAAUAAUGCUCAAGUCCUGAUCAACUGCAGAAACAACAAGAAAUUGCUUGGUCGUGUGAAGGCUUUCGAUAGGCAUUGUAAUAUGGUACUGGAAAAUGUUAAAGAAAUGUGGACAGAAUUACCAAAGACGGGAAAAGGGAAGAAGAAAGCAAAGCCCGUUGCGAAGGAUCGUUUUAUCACGAAAAUGUUCUUGCGCGGCGAUUCCGUUAUCAUUGUGCUGAAAAAUCCAGCAGUUGCAGUUUCAGAAUCCACCUAAUAGUAAGAUAAAAUCUGUACGUUUUUUGAAGAAUCGAGAAAACACAACUCUCGUGUAUUGAGUUUUUUUUUUUUGUGUCGUUUUUCCAUUUGCUGUUACCUUUUUGAAACAUAUAUUUUUAAAUACAGAUGGAAUCAAUUGUUAAUCACAACGCAUUUAGUACCAGAAUCCAUCCCAUCAUUCGUCAGAAUGUCGAAAUAUCCUCUUGCACCUUUUGCGAUUAAUAUUCAGGACAGAAAAUUUUUAGAACCAAUACAAGAUUUUAGAAAACUGUUUUUCUGAUUCUUAGAGUGCUUGUGCUUGAUUUCUCGACUUGUAAACGUAUGUUGGAAGUAAGGUCAUUUUUUGUGCAUCUGGAUCUUGUGGCAGUUUACUUACUGGUCAAUGAGCGUAAUUUAAAGACACAUUGUUACCGUCAGAUGUUCAUAUAUAAAGAGGAUACGCUAUGAAGAAUGUAGCUGAUCUGUUUGUUCAGAGUAUGAAGACUACUUUCGGAACAAGGUGUGCAUGUCUUGAAUAAAGAAAAAAAACUGGUUUUGAUUACAAUUGUUUGAUGUAAAUGUGAUCAAGGAAAUCUUGUCGACUUCAGAGAUUAAUCCCAUGCGUAAAUAUUUCAUGGCCUUUAGAUAUUCAAAUGUUCGGAAUCCCAAAUUCCCGUGAUCAUUACUGAACUCGGAGGAAAUAAUUUAAGAUUACUGAAAGCAAAUGAUUCAAGGUCUCUAAAGUCCGAAGAAGUUCCAGUGCACAUCCCCAACAUGACCCGAGUAGCUUUUUGCGACGACAAUUUGUCA